UUAUAUAGAUAUUACCGAUGUUUACAAAAUGGCGCUUUUGCUGAUUGUUUUGGUAUGACUAAGGAUUCAACGUCAUGUUAUAUGCUCGUUAUGAGAUAUUAUGAACAGGGAGAUUUAUAUGAAUAUUUUGAACAAUCUACCGGGCUUCUUUGCUGGAGAGAUAUAGUAGAUAUGAUAUGGUCACUAGCAGUUGGUCUUAAUGUUAUUCAUGAAGCUGGCCUCGUUCAUGGACACAUACACGGAGGAAAUAUAUUAGUUGAAAACGAAGCAGAUUCAAUAGAUUCUAGAAUCGCGGAUAAUUGCUUGCACGGUCCAGUAGAUAACCCAUCAAAACAAAUUUAUGGCGCAAUACCUUUCGUAACUACGGAGCUCUUUUUAAUGGAAAUACGCCAACGAAAGGCAGGUUCAAUUGAUACUAUAAUCGCGGAUAGUGAAAUCUGCUCUGGGUUAAGACCAAGUGUUAUAGAAGGAACUCCACCUAUUUAUUCUAAAUUAAUGCUUAAAUGUUUAGAUGCCAAUCUAUCAAAUAGGCCAACAGCCUAUCAACUUUACGAAGGUUUUGGAGAUUGGGUUUCCGCAAUAUGUGAUGAUCCAAAUACGUCUGAAUUAUCUGAUCAAUUUGAUGCUGUAGAUGAGUCGAAAUUUGCAAAUUUGUAA